AUGCCCAACGGGGUAGUGCACACCCGCCCGGGCCAAGAGCUGCCACAGCCCCUCAUCUCACCCACAGGAUCCGGCCCAGAGCCUGGCAGGAGCGCCAGGACCGCCCCCGCCCGGAGAACGCAGCCGGGGGCGGGACCUCGCGGGCCGCGUGCCCGUCACGCACGCCGCGCGGGGGCGGGGCCCUGGCGCGCGCUGGAAGUACUGCGGGGCUGGCGGUCGGCCUCAGCCGCUUCGCGUCGCGGCCCUUUCGGUAGCCGGCUACUCGCCCACCUACAAAAAGCCGCCGGAAACAGUGCGGCUCUGACGGAAAAGGUCCCGGAGCCAAGAAGCCGCCGCCUCCUGGUCUCCCGAGCUGCGGAGCCAACGCCUCGCCGCGCCGCCCUGGCGGCCGUGCUGCCCCUCAGGCCCCUCCCGGCCGCAGGCGGCAGAGUGGGCGGUCCGACCGCGGCCCGCAGGAACCCCUUCGCCCGCCUGGACAAGCGGCUGCGUGUCGCCAUGGACGCCCGGGACGGGCUGCCCCGCGGCCAGCAGGCGGCGCCGGGCUCGAUACUAAUCAAGAAAAUGAUUUGCCAUGGGAAGAGAAGUCAUCUGAAAGUACAACAGUUAUUGAACUACCCCAGGCUUUACCCCGAUUAUUCUCUGAAUCGGAUAGUCUGUCCUCAGAAAAUACUGAGUUACCCUUGGACUGGAGUUUUAAAACCGACUCCUUGUCACCUCUUCUCAACCCGUUACCUGGGAAGAUCAUUUGAAAGUGCAGGAAGAGGCUCAAGAUCUUGUCCAGCAUUGUAGAGCAACAGAAGUUACUUUGCCUCAAAGUAUAAAGGUCCAUCUGAAGAACCUCAAAUGGAUUCAAAUUGAAAUAAGAGGAACUGGGAUGGGUCCAUCUUUCAAUCCGAUUUUUGGACGUCAGAACCGAAUCUCUCUCCUCUGUUUGUCUCACCUCACUGAUCUUAAGUGCUUCCUCUGUGCUGCCUCCGCUGAACCCAGCUCUCUCCUGAAGGUGCCAUUUCCCCAGACCAGCCACCACGUGACUCUCUCUAUAUUUUUAACACAAACAUAUUAUUUUUAUAUCCAGAAAACAGAAAAGUGCUUGUAAGAAAAUUGAUAAGGAGGAAUAGUAAGGAAUUGACUGAGAUAAAAAGAAACCUGAGCUCAGCCAGGUACAGGUGUGAUGGCAUGCACCUGUAGCCCCAGUCCCUGGGAGGCUGAGGCAGGAUUGCCUGGGCAACACAGUGAGAACUUGUACAAGAAAGAAAAGGAAGGAGAAAACUUGAUCUCCAGCCCUGUUUCAGAGUCUUUUCAGCUCUUUUAGUCUAAGACUAUAGGACUUUGUCUUAUAUUUGACAUUUUACCUGUACAGCAAUUUGUAUUGAAGGUAAGUAUAUUGGUAGCUUGUUUCUUCUGAGUUCUUAAUAAAUGGUUAAAAGA